AUGGCUGCCCUGACGAUACAAAGGACUGACAACUUUUUGCACACCUUUUUACAGGACCGGACCCCCAGCUCCUCUCCAGAGGGAGCACCCAACGCCCUGUCCUUCCUGGCCACCACCUGUAGCCAGGCCUGGCAGGUGGGAAGCGCAAUGGGCUCAGAAGGCUCCCAGUUCCCCUAUGAGGGCACAGUCAGCUCAACAUCAGGGAUGUUUCAGCUCUGGAGCAACGAAAUGGCACCCAGCUCAGCCCUCAGCACACACCAGAUGACCUUCACGGUGCCCAAGGUGCAGUUCCCCGGACACAUGCAGUCUGGCCUGGGUCACCACCAUCAUCACCACCAUCACCACCACCAUGAGCUGCCUCUGACCCCUCCAGCUGAGCCCCCCUCGUCCUACUCCUUUGAACUCUCCCCGGUCAAAGUGCUCUCCUCCCAGCCGCAGGGCAACAGCCCCUACUAUCCCCAGCACAACAGUGUGGGACAGAACUUCCCCAGCUUCCUCCAGAACUCCUCGGCCAGGCAUCACCUGCCUGGAGGCCAUGUGGAAGAAGGACAGCAAUGGUGGAGCCUACCCCAAACCAAUGCCACCCCCUCCAAUCAUCCCUUCUCCCUGGGCAGGCAGCUGGUCCUGGGCCACCAGCCUCAGAUAGCUGCACUUCUCCAGGGCACCUCGAAGGGCCUGCUGAGCUCCACCCGCCGCUGUCGACGCUGCAAAUGCCCCAACUGCCAGGCUAAUGGUGGGGGGCUGGAGUUUGGCAAGAAGAGACUGCACAUCUGCCACAUCCCAGAGUGUGGCAAAGUGUACAAGAAGACCUCUCAUCUCAAAGCCCAUCUGCGCUGGCACGCCGGGGAGAGGCCCUUCAUCUGCAACUGGCUCUUCUGUGGUAAAAGUUUCACACGUUCAGACGAGCUGCAGCGGCACCUUCGCACACACACCGGAGAAAAGCGCUUUGGCUGCCAGCAGUGUGGCAAGAGGUUCAUGAGGAGUGACCAUCUCUCCAAACACGUCAAGACCCACCAGACUAGGAAGAGCCGUUCUGGCCAGCCUACACAGCAUGGACCCACGGACCCUCUGCUCACCAACAUCAAGAGAGAGUAA